AAGGAAUUUAAUAAAGAUCAUUACUCUCUCUCUCUCUCUCUGCAGCUUUUAAAAUCGCUUUCUCAAUUCUCGUCGUUGUACCCAUUUCAGUUUCUCUCAACGUAACUGCUUCACGGCGGCGAGUGAGUGAGUUCGACGUGAAAUUUCAACUGAUGGGAGCGUAUUGCGACGAAAACCUAAGUAGUUUACCGGUGUUCUCCUCCGGCGCUCCGGCGAACGAGCUCCGGUUCAGCAAGCAUGUCUACGAUAACGUUCAUGGAAACAUCUAUCUCGAUCCUCUUUGUUUAAAAUUCAUUGACACUGAGCAGUUUCAGAGGCUUCGUGAACUAAAGCAACUUGGAGUGACAAACAUGGUAUAUCCAGGAGCUGUACAUUCGAGAUUUGAGCACUCUCUAGGCGUGUAUUGGCUUGCAGGCGAAACUGCUCAGAGGCUAAAAAAUUUCCAGGGAAUGGAGCUUGGUAUUGACAAUUAUGAUCUUCAGACUGUGAGACUUGCUGGACUUCUCCAUGAUAUUGGCCAUGGGCCUUUCAGUCAUAUGUUUGAGCGUGAAUUCCUUCCAAAGGUCAUAAGUGACUGUCAGUGGUCUCAUGAGUUAAUGUCUGUAAACAUGAUUGACCAUAUGGUUGAUACACAUCACAUCGAUAUUGAUGCUCAAAUGCUGAAAAGAGUGAAGGACAUGAUACUAGCUAGUACUGAAUUUUCACAGCUGAAAGGCAAUGCAGAGAAGCGUUUCUUGUAUGAUAUUGUUGCUAAUGGUCGAAAUGGGAUUGAUGUGGACAAGUUUGACUACCUUGUCCGUGAUUCUCGAGCUUGUGGACUGGGAUCCAAUUUUCAAUUCCAAAGACUGACAGAGACGAUGAGAGUCCUGGACAAUGAAAUCUGCUUCCGCGCCAAGGAGUAUCUUAGUGUCCACAAGUUAUUUGCAACUCGAGCUGAUCUUUAUCGAACCGUCUACACGCAUUCGAAAGUAAAGGCGAUAGAGCUGAUGAUAGUAGAUGCCAUGGUCAAAGCCAACAAUCAUUUGGAAAUUUCUUCUAUGAUUAAUGACCCAUCUGAAUACUGGAAGUUAGACGACACAAUCCUCAAAACUAUCGAAAUAGCUCCAGAUCCAGAACUUGCAGAAGCGAAAGAGCUGAUACUCCGUGUUCGCAGAAGGCAGUUGUACCAAUUCUGUAACGAAUAUGCGGUUCCAAAGGACAAAAUCGAUCAUUUCAAAGCUGUCACUCCUCAAGAUAUCAUCUGUUCUCAGAAGCACACAAGCUUGACACUAAAAGAAGAAGAUAUAGCUGUUACAAACGUCAAGAUUGACUUGGCUCGUGGGAGAGAAAAUCCGCUUGAAUGGUAAAAAAAGUACAGUUUAGCUUCUUUGUUUUCUCAGUUUCCCUCAUUAAAAUUCUAACCAACUUACCUUUGUGUUGGAUCUGGCUCCUUCAGCAUCAACUUCUAUAAGGAUUAUGAUAGUGCAGAGAAGUUUGUGAUACCUGAGGACAGAGUCAGUCACUUGUUACCAACAACAUAUCAAGACAUGAUAGUGAGAGUAUAUGCCAAAAAACCAGAAUUGGUAGAAGCAGUUUCUGAGGCAUUUGAAAACUUCCAAAUGAGAACGUAUGGAAUCAAAGCUCAAGUACACGCAACACCUGAGAAAAAGAAAAGGCGUGUGAUGUAAUUACACGUGGCCUUAAUUCAUUUCAUUUCAAACGGUUUUAUUUUGGUUUUUAAGGUCUUGAAACUUUAGAUAUGGAUGCGUGUACAUAUAGCAUGCCUUAGUCUUACGAUAUCGAAGCCUUGGAUUCAGACAGCGUGUUUAUACGUAAGAAAAGGAAAAGCAAGGCACCAUUUCUUAAGAUUUCGGAUUUCGUACGGUUUUAUCUUAAGUCUUUUUUUAAGCACAGCUUCGCAGAUUGUGUGGCUUAUUUUGUUUUCACAUUGAAGGCAGUAGCUACUUUUGACAUUUUUUCAUAGGAUAUUAUUU